AUGUCUGGAAACAGCUCGAGGACCAUCAACGGCCAGCAUAUGCGAGAUACUCAGGUUUCUAGCCUUCAUAAGGCAAUUAGGUGUUUCCGGAUGGAAGAUGUGCGAAGAUUACUGGAAGACCCCAGAUGCCCCAUUGACCGGAAUGUUAUUCAUGAUGCCGCAGUGACUUAUUACGAUAAUGAUAUAUUUCGGCUUAUUGCGAUAUCUUCUAUUGCACGCAGACAAAAGCUCUUAGGGGCCGCCCUUGUGACCCUACCCAGGCGCGAAACCGAUAAUCUGUUGGGACCCCUAGACACGCAGGCAGCUUCCAUUGCGCUUCGGCUUCUAGAGUACCCUACGGUGAACCGCGACAUAAUCACAGCUUCUGUCCCCGAUUUUGGCUCCUCAUACUGUGACGCGUCGGUUUACUUCCUAGUUGGCUGCAACCGAGAGGCAGCGCAAAUAUUGUACGAUCUUGGAUACAAAAAGGUAGACGAGCAACACCAAAUGACAUACACGCCGCUUGCAGCAUUGAAGGUACCACCAACAACCGGAUAUCAUGGCCAGUACCGCGUGGUGGAUGAAGACGAUGCCCUCGCCAAAUAUCUUGCAAUGUGUGCCUGGUUUCAUGAUCGAGGAGCUUUCUUGUAUCGCGAAGUAGAGUGUCCCUCGCGAACAACAGCCUUACACCAGAUAGCACGCUGUAUCGGGAUGGAACUCGCGCGGUCAUGGCAUACAUACAGUCAGAUAGGAUCAGGAGAAGACCAAGCUGCGCGAGCAGAUCGAUUUAACCAUCAUUUGAAACUCGCCCUCAGGCCGCUUGCAGCGAACUCUAGAAUUCUUCAAGAGAUACUCCAUGAUGAGAGGCACCCGGAGCAGUAUGUCUGCGCAUGUUCGUCUCAUGGUCAGCUCCCGCUGCAUGUCCUGAUUAACGAAACAAUCCAUGGCGUGCAGUCUCCUUUGACCGUAUGCUUCUUGGUCGCGACUCUUCUGAAAACGGAAGAUCUACUCAACACCAGUACUAAGUUCAGCCCUCUUAGAGUGUCGGCCGUGUUUCGUGCCUGCAGCUUUGCGUGCCUCAAACUCGAACAUACCUGUCAGACGACGCGCCUUCCCAGGUUCAGCAUUCUGCAAGGCGAGGGUAGGGUUACCAACGCGGGCUUAGACUCGCUGGUGUCGACCUGCGAAUCUGUAUUUAGAACACUAAAUCUGCCGCUACGGCGUUUUCUCGAAAAUUGGUUCUUUUGCCUGCUGGAAUCAUACUCCUAUUGUCUUGAUCAGUUUUCUCUAGCGGUAGAUGCCCUGCGUUCGCCUCCAUAUUUGCCUAUGACUCCCAACUCCGAUGCUAGGAAGGUUGCUAUACGCUAUGAAGAUAUGGCAAGCAUUGCCUUUCCUCUACUCGCCAAGAGCUUAUCGCUCACGACAGCCCAUACAUACAGCUAUGCCUACAACUCGCCUAUAAACCCGUCGCUCCCAAUAAUACUCUUUCUCCAUGGCUUCCCAUCAUCCAGUUACGACUGGCGUCAUCAAGUCCAGUUCUUCUCUGCACAAGGGUUUGGAGUACUGGCACCGGAUCUUCUGGGGUACGGUGAUACAUCCAAGCCGUGGACGCUGGAGAGCUACAAAGCCAAGACAAUGGCUGCUGAAAUCAUCGAGAUAUUGGACCAUGAAGGCAUUCACAAAGUUCAUGCUGUUGCCCAUGAUACAGGCUGCACCCUGCUAUCCCGCCUUGCCAACUACUUCCCAAGUCGCCUUCUAUCUUGCACGUUUCUAGACGUGCCUUAUUCCAGGCCCGGAGAGCAUUUCGAUCUGGCUGCUGUGAAUGCCCUGACGAAACAGUUCCUAGGCUUGGAGAGAUUCGGGUAUGUGGAGUUCUUUGUCAGGCCUGAUGCUGGGGAUAUUCUCGAUCAGCAUUUCGACUCGUUCUUCACCCUUUUCUAUCCCCAAGACCCGGAACUCUGGUUAGAGCACGUCGGGCCCAAAGGGUCCAUGGAGACAUGGCUCCUCCAAGACCGAACUGCGCCCCAGCCAGCCUACAUUUGCGAAGAGGAGCGCAAGAUACACCAGGAUAUCAUGCGUAACAAUCACGGGCCUGCCUUGAACUGGUACCGAUCACUGGUGACAAACAUUAACGAGAAAGAUGAGAUUCAGUCGAAUCUCGACCCGACAUUACCCAUGCCUGUCCUCAUGAUCUGUCCGCAGCCAACAAAGCUGGAAUUCCCAGGCGUUGAGGAGCAGCUGAAACAGGUAGCACCGGAUCUAACGUUUAGGAGGGUAAGCACGACUGGGCAUUGGGUGCAGUUGGAGGCACCAAAUGAGAUCAAUUCCCUACUCAAGGAGUUUUUCGAGAGGGAGAAGAGGUAG